GAGAGUCGCUGGGUCGCGCUGCGCUCAGCCUGCCCCCUCCUUCCUGCGCGCGGGGAGGCGCCUGCCGACCCCCAGCCCUGCGGCCUGGUCCCCCAGGUAGAUUGCAGGGGCAGCCUGGGGUUCCGGGGUGCGACGCACCUGGCUCUGCUUCUUUACCCGUUGGCUUGGCCAGGUCGCUUAAUUCUGCAAGCCUCAGUGACCUCGGGUUUAAGAGGGCCUCUGCUGGCUUCGACGCCUCCCCGGGAUCAGAGGAGGCAAGGCCGGUGAAGACCUGUAGCCAGGGGCCUGACCCUUGAUUAGAAAGGCAGUAGAAGCUCUGUUGACACAUUCCAAGUCCAGGAAAAACGCGAAUGGAUUGCUUUUGAAUGAGAAUGAAAAUUUCUUUUUAAUGGUGAUAUUGUGGAAGAUUCCAAGUAAAGAACUGAGGGUCAGAUUGUCCUUGCCUCACAGUAUUCGAUCAGAUUUAACAGAUAUUUGUUUACUUACCAAGGAUGAACCCAACUUAACUCCUGAAAAGACGGAACGGUUUUACAAGAAGCUUUUAAACAAGCAUGGGAUUAAAACCAUUUCUCAGAUUAUCCCCCUCCGAACUUUAAAAAAGGAGUAUAAAGCCUAUGAAGCCAAGCUCCGCCUCCUGGGCAGCUUUGACUUCUUCCUUACGGACGCGAGAAUCCGGCGUCUCUUGCCGUCCCACCUAGGGAGACAUUUCUACCACAGAAAGAAAGUUCCGGUACCUGUAAACCUUCUGUCCAAGAAUUUAUCCAGGGAAAUCAAUGAGUGCAUCGGUGGAACGGUCUUAAACAUCUCUAAAAGUGGCUCCUGCAGUACUAUCCGCGUUGGCCACACUGGAAUGGAGGUUGAGCACGUUGUCGAGAACAUCAUCACCGUGGCGAAGAGGCUUUCGCAAAAGUUGCCAGAGAAGUGGGAGAGCGUGAAGCUCUUGUACGUGAAAACUGAGAGGUCCGCUUCCCUGCCCAUCUUUUCCUCGUUUGUCAGCUGUCAAGAUGAAGCCAAGGGCAUAAGCACCCCCAGUCAGAAGAAGAAGGAGGCAAAGAAAAAACAAAAGCAAAAAGAGUAUCGUGAAAAACAGAAAGAGAAGAAGAAAAACAAAAGGCUUAUGAAGCAGGCUGGGAAGACUCCAUCGGGCCCGGAGAAGGAGGACGUGGACACCAAAACUAGUGGAGCUGCAGCACCGGCCCCUGCCCCUGCCCCUGCCCCCGCCCCUGCCCCUGCCCCUGCCCCUGCCCCUGCCCCCGCCCCCGCCCCUGCCCCCGCCCCCCAGAAGGAGGGGUCCGGAGCCCGUGAGAAGAAACAGGGCCGUCGAGGGAAAGCUCAGUCAAAGGUGCAGGAGGAAUCUGAAGACGAGAUCCCUGUGCUGGUCCCAAUAGGGGGGACGCCAGCCAAAGGAAACGCGGAGGUGCAAAAACAAGCCACAGGAAAGAAGUCUCCAAAAAAGAGUCCUGCUCCCAGCACACCCCGUGGGAAGAAGAGAAAGGCUUUACCAGGUUUGGAGACCCCAAAGGCUGUGGAGCCCAAGACCCCAGGCAGUGGCCUGGAGAAGAAGCCAAGAAUCAAAGAAGACGCAGAGAAAGAAAAAAACUCUUCGCGGGGGAAAAAAGACCCAAGACAGAUGACCAAAAAGCCAGGGGCUAAGUUCUUCACCACUGCUAGUAAAUCUGCGAAAAAAGCUCCCCGCACUCCCAAACAGUGGCCCAAAAAGCCCAAAGUACCCCAGUCGACCUAAAAAUCUAGAGACUCAGGCAGAAGGGAGCAUCCACAUUCCCCGAAGAGCUUUUUAAAAAUGCAGGGUCCUGACCCCCACACCAUGCAGUCUUCUCCGGGAGUGAGGCCCAGACUUCAAUAUUUUUUAAAACCUCCGCAAGUAGUUCUGGCAUCCGUUUGUGCGCGUGAGAACCAGUAGUUUUGAAGUAAAUCAAUUUUUUUAAGUUGGUCUUCUGUGCAUUUGCUAAUAGGACAGAAGGAGAGUACAGUGCUCUCUGGCUGUUAUUACAGCGUGCCGUCGGCUUCUGAGCACAGUACCGGCCUUCCCCACCUUGUUGGCUUUUCCUGGAACCCCCCCCCCCAUGUGAUCCUUUCCCGCCCGCUUUCCACCAUCUGUUUUCUGAGGCUCCUUUACACUCGUCUGUGCAAACCGUCCCAAAGCUCGUCCUCAGGCCCGGGAUAGGCCCGCUGCCGACACUCGGCUGUGGCACUUUGGAGAGAGUCUUGGUGGGUUUUUGGAAAGGACCCUUGAGAUCCAAAUCAUUGAUUUCGGUGGCAGUCCGCCACGGCUGUGGGUCACUGAGGCAGUGUGCAUUCAGUGGGCUUAGUUACCAGGGAGCAUUGGCGUAGGCAAGAAAUACAUGCCUGUCUUCCUCCAGACUGUCCGCCUGUGUGCAUUUACUCACGUGUACACUGUGUUCCUUCUGCAUGGCUGUUCAGUAGAUGUGUUCUGGAGCAGUAAGUGACUGUUGGGGUGCUCAGCCUCUCCCUGGAUUUGAUUGGGGGUCCACAUCCCUGACUCUAAGCCAUGGACGCACUGUCCUAAUGGCUAGUGACGCGUGCUUUCCAGAAAGAUCACAUGGUUCAGAAACAAGGCAAGCCUCCAGGGGUUUUCCUUCCAAGUCAGGAGCUAGACCACCUGCUUUUUUGAUACCACAAAGUAGAUGGUAACAUUUACUUUUUAAAUCACAAAAGUCUCUAAAAUGCGGAAUUUGUUAUUUCCGCUGGCCUCAGGCUCUCGAGUGUGCAUUUACUGUCAAGGGCAAGCGUCCUCAAUGGGUUUUCCAUAGAAACGAGGUGCCGUGGGGACACGGCCAGAUGGGCUUCAGAGAUGGAGAUUCAAGUGCUGUUUUAAAGAGGGAAACUCAACGUUGUCAGGCUAGUCCGUUCUCUACAGGACGUAAUUUUGCAGGGGAGAAGCUGUAUGGUGUUUUCAUCCCAACCUCUAGCCAAAUAAAGAUUUUGCAACACCAAGUGA